AUGGAAAAGCAGGAUCCGCCACCAUACACUGAACAGCCAAUGCCACAGCUGCCACCACAACCUCCGCUACCACCGCAACCACUGCAGCCACAGGUGGCUGUGCAGGCACAGGCAACGCCUCAGGCGCAAAUCCGUUAUGUGCCCGCCCAAACCUAUCAGCCGUAUCCGGCUGGACCCACACAGCCGCCCUUAUAUCCGCCCAUGCAACAGCCGCCGGGCAGCUCAACAGUCAUCAUCCACACAACACUACCACAGCGCGUGCCCGUGGGCCGAGAUCCAACAUUCGUGCGCUGUCCAACGUGCCAGAACGAUGUGAUAACCCGCAUCGACGCUACGCCCACGGGGCGAACGCAUCUAUGGGCGAUGGUUCUAUGUCUAAUCGGCUGCUGGCCCUGCGUCUGUGUGCCCUACUGCAUGGACUCCUGCAAGCAGUCGAAUCAUUAUUGCCCCGUCUGCAAUGCCUUCAUAGGCAGUCGAGCCGCAUAGGAACGGAACUGACCUAAUCGAGUCACUAAAAUAACUUAU